AUGCGUUCAUCGACCUCGCACGUGAAUCCCACCACGGUAAUUGCUGAACCACCCAUCCCAGCACCUCGCCCUCGCCCCCGCCCUCAACUUCGCUCUCGCUCACAAACUCAACACACCCUCUUGAUCGUCCCCAAGGUCCUCAACGACAGCACGACAAUCCUCCAGAAGUCGCCUACCUCUGCCCAGGAGGACGAGGAGACAUUUUUCAGCGCCGUCACUACUCCCGCCGCUGGUAUGCGUGGUGGUGAGGACUUAGAGGCCUUGAAGGGAUUGACGCUGAUUACGAGAACGGAGAUUGCAAAGACUGCUGCUCUUUCUGCGGAUGAGGGUCGCGAUUUUGAGGAGGAGGAGGAGGAGGAGGUGUGUGAUGAAAAGACAAGGAUUCUUGCUAAGCAGCAGGACAAGUCCUACAGCGAAUGGGUGUCGAAUAAGUUGUACAGGAUGCAGCAUGGGUUUCAAAAGAUCCGAUCUCUACAGAACCAUGAGCAGGACGCCGACUGUGAUGACGGUGCAUCUAUUGCAUCGACCGAGCUGCUUGACGGUUACACUGGAUCCGACGAUGAUGUACUGAACGCCCUCCAGGAACUGCGACUCAUCCAUCGUCCUCAGACCGGCAACUUCUUGAUCCUGGUGGACCAGCUGCGAGCGAUGCGCAGGGCUGCAGAGACACUGCAAUCAGACGACGUGUCGAUUCUCAAUGCUGUACUCAGCAAGUGUGAACGCGUCUUUGAACGCCACCAACGCUUUGACCAGAUCCUUGAGACAGAUCCCAGCAAGGAAGAAACCGUUAAGGCACUCUACGAACUGAUCAACGCCUCCUCACAAGAGACCAUCGAGCUCAUCCAGGACUGGUCAGCCGUCUACCAUGCCCUUCAGGAACUCGUCCUCUGUAUUCGGACCAUCACCGCCGCCCUCGUCAACAACUCUUCUUCAGCUACUGGCUGCAAGUCACCCAAAUCUACGCGCCGCUCGCUUUUUGGAAAAAAGUCGACACUCUCACACGUCAAUGGGUCCUCGGCCCAUGUCAACAAUAUUUCGUCAGCGACAUUGAACGGUCAAGGAGCAGGAGGGGUGAUGCCACAGUUCUCACCAGAGGUAUUGAGACACCACCAAGAGGUAUGCGCAAACUGGGCAGCCCAAAUGAGAACCUUUGAGCACCUCGCUCAGGCCUAUCGAGCCUUUGCCGCCCAAUGCACGACCUUCUCCCUCAUCCACGAGACCGACACCAUCGCCACAUACUAUGACCAAUCCAUUCGAUCCAAUUUCGAAAAGGCACAGACUGUCUUUUUGAACUCGAAGAAGUUGUCGUCUCUGCAUGAGCAGAUCGAUUAUUCGAAUAUGUUUAAGGUGUUGAAUAAGGAGAUGGCGUUGACGACGGUCGAGGAUCGGGCAAGUUUCCCGCAGUUUGUGCCGCUUUUUGCGAGGGGAUUGAUUGGAGAGAGGAAGUUGAUCCAUGAGGGGAGGUUGGUGGAGUUUGUGAGUGCUGCUUCUAGGACGGUGGAGGCGGGUGGUGGGGGUAAGAAGAAGGGGGUGGUGGUACCUGCGCCGCCGAAGGAGUAUCGGUUGAUUGUUACGACCGAUAUGAUCUUCAUGUGCGAGAUCGUACCUCCUCCUCCCGCUGGCGCCGCCCCUCACGAGGCAACAAAGUCGUCAUCCAAGAAACUGUCGAGAUCAGAGUCCAGGAGCGCCCUCAAAGCCGCCGCCACCAACGGAUCCACCCUCUCCCUCGCCGCUAGUUCCUCUGGAUCAAACGUCCACAAGCCGCUGCGACUCUGCCACGAACCCGUCUUAGUCAUUGACGCCCAGAUCUCAUCCACUCCCGAUGUUGUCUACCCGCCCGUUAUCCAGAAGGACAUGGUCAUGGUCUGUUUUUAUAACGACACGACUUAUAUCCUGCAGGCGGAGAGUGGCGAAGUUAGGGACGCCUGGGUCGAUGUUGCGCGUGCGCUAAACAUUGAACAGCCCAAGCCUUCGGCUUCUUGUCGCGAGCAGGAUGAGUUGGCCGAACUCCAACAGACUUGUGGUGGUGGUGGUGGUGGUGGUGGUGGUGGUAGCACGGCGACACUGAAUAUCUUUGCGGGUAGUGGGAUGUUCAAGUCUGGAGGAGGUGGUGGGUCUACUGCUGCUGGUGCAACAAGUGGAAGUAAGACGGGCAAAGUGUCGUUGUUGAAGCGGCUCAAGAGCCUCCGUCGAUCGACCGCCAAUCUCCACGCCGAGGACAACGGCUCCUUCCCGGAGAUCCACCCAGACCAACUCACUGCCACGGACGAAGAGGAACGCGCCAGACGCAUGCAGUUGGGCCAACCCUCCCUCUGGGAAGUUCGUCGUCUGCCCCUCGACCUUGGCGUCAUUCCUCCUUUGGAACAGCCCAUACCCUUCCGCAAGCGCCACCUGUACGAUAUCAGUGUCCAGAUCGAGGAUUUGACCACCGGUAAAUCGGCCCCAGGAGAGUUUGGCAUGGGCAUCGAAGACCGUGCAGCCUACUUCCGAGACGAAUGCGCACUCUUUGCAGUCCUCCGUCCUGCCCGCCUGAUCCCCUCCCAUGCCAUCGACCGCAAGAGGGAUGACUUCUUCCUCUGCAAGAAGCGCAUGCACAAGGGCGAGAUCCACUAUGUCGAGCCCCCUUACAUCACCGACUUCUAUGCCCGGUCCUGGCUCCACCCCGAGAUGCAUAUCGAGUUUGACCCCGAGGCCCGGACGGUGACGAUCGCAAAGAUGUACAAGAUCACCUGUUCCACCACUGAAAUCGUCGGCGAGUUCAAGAAGUAUCAUGAUUGGUUAAUGGAAAACGCCCGCAUCUCGCCCGAUAACACCUUCCUCUGUAUGGACUACCGCUCAAAAGCCCUCCGUGUCUUCAAGCGGAUCGAACGUGCCGCCUCCUCGGCCCCACAGACCAUGUCGUCUGUUGAAGAUACAAGGACCCUUGAGGGCGGACGAAAGUACACAGAGCUGGGCGAAUGCCAUAUGGAAUUCCGUCGGAUGUCCAACGCCCCCGACGCACUGUCUGUUGGCUUCUACAACCCGGCGACGAAACGCGAUAUGGCCAUUGGAGUCAUGGUCUUUGACAAGAUCAAGAUCAAAGCUACCGCUUCCAGUCUUGGUCUGAACGCCUUGAACGCUUUAGGAGCCACCAACGGCGUCGUCCGCGUCUCACCCUCAGAGAUAUCCUUGACCAUGUGGCAAACCGACGCCCGGACCCGUCCACGAUUCAUCAAAGGCCAACGUGUCUUCGAGACCGUGAAAUCGAAAUCUUUGGAUGUGUUCAAGCUUGUGGGCGACCGGGAUGCGUUGGACGAGUUAGAGGAGUUUAUCCGGAUCAAGAUGGGAACCGAUUGCAAGGCGCGCGAUAUCCCCGAGACGUUCCGGUUGAUCGAGAUUGCGUUCCAGGACCAAGUCCUCGACGCGCCCACGAUCGAGGAGGAGAAUGUGCUCGUGACUAGUCGUACUCAGUUAAAGGGAUCCGGUAGCAAGCCUCGCUCGGUCCGAUCUGUUGCUUCAUCUUCGUCGGCGACGACAACCCCUGCCCUGUCACCUAUGUCAAAAGAUAAUGGCCGCUUGUGCGACGACAACAAGUCCGUCAAGUCAACCAGAUCCUCCAAGUCGAUCCAGUCGAUCAAGGAAGAAGACAAGGCAAAGGUCUCCAGAAUCAUGGAGGAAGAUGAAGACGAGAACGACUGUGGCGAAUUCGGAUCUACCCACCCAGCUUGUAAAGGCUUCCUCGCCACCGUCCUUGAAGAAGACGAAGAAGAAGUCUCCUCUCCAUCCUCCCGUCACACCACCCUCUCCAAGAAGUGCAGCCUUGCCUCCUCAACCGCAACCUUCCGUCCCAAAUCCAAGAAGGCCCUCCAAAAAUUACUCCUCGACCAAGAAUUCGCAAACUCAAACUCCCCCCGCUCUUCCCUGCCGCAGAUAAACCCCUCAUCAUUUGAGAACUUGUCCGCAGACAGAUCCUUGGCCGACUACUUCAGCCCCGCAACCUCGCCCUCCGACUACACCACUGCUGACGAGGGCGAACAAGAUGAGGAAGAGGAAGAGGAGAUGGCGGCACCAACGGUCGCGGAUUUGACAAAGUUCUGGGCAAAGACGACCAACGCAUUGGUCAGAUCCAACUCCCAGAGCACCAUCCGCAGUUUUGACUCUGCCACCAGCAGCACCACCCUCUCCAACACCCAUACCGCCACCUCCGCACCUUCAACAUCCUCGGCCACAACCCCAUCCUUGAGCCCCACGGACUCUACCGAGAAACUUUCCUCCCCCACAUCCACCACCCACCAGUCCGAGAUAAUCGAAUCCUCCAUCUCACCCUACACUCCACCCACCGGCCCACCCUCUGAGCUUGAAUCCCGCGUCCUUGCCCUCAAAUCGACCGCCGCCCACUCUGUCAUCGUCGCACAGCUUGCGGAAGAAAACGCCGCCCAGGCGAAUGUCAAGGACCUCGUCCAGGCAACACGGUACCUCCCCAAACACAAGGUCCAGCUCUCUGCCGGGUUUGUUGAAAGUGGAAACGGGGAGAUGGUGUUGGAGGAGGAUGAGAAUGAGGUGGGUGGUGUGGAUGUUGAGUGUCAUAUGCCAGUGAAGGAUUUGACGAAGCGGUGGGAGGAGAUUCACCGUCUUGGUAUCUAA